AUGGGUGGAGCAUCGCUCUACAUCGAGACCAGUAGUGUUAGUACUAAGGGUGACCGAUCGGGUCUUAUCACUACGGGCCAGAUGGGAUCGGUGAUGGAGGAGAGUACUAAGAUUGCGCACACGUUUGCUCGCAGCAAGAUGCACGCUAUUGAUCCUGAGAAUAAGUUCUUUGAGGAGAAUGAAGUGCAUCUGCACGUUCCAGAGGGAGCUACUCCGAAGUGCUGGCCUUUACCUUAUUUUAAGAUGUCGAAGGCAUUGCUUCCUCUGGCCAUGAACAAGUAA